GCCAUUUCUUCAGAAACAAAAACCAUGUACGUUAGAAUUUUAGGUUUGAGGUUAUAAUGUUGAACAGAACUACACAAAUAUUACUUUGAAAUAAUAUCAAUGAGGUAAUCUUUAUAUUCUCUUGGAGUUUAUGAAGUUGAUAAAAGUGUGGUGGUCUCAUCACUAAAAUAGUAUCGGCGCUAUAAAAAUCAGGUUAAUAUGAAGGACCUCACGCAUUAUUUCAACUCACCUUCGCCAUCUUUGAAGAAACCUGAGACAAGUCCAGCUGAAAAUAAAACUUUAGUGGAUGAGAAAACACCAAAAAUGAAUAAAAAGGUCAGAAAGAAGAGAUUAAAACUUGAUAAGUUGACUCCUCCUCAGACUGCAGACAGCAAACAGGAUCUUCCUAUUGCUGAAAAUGGGACUGAAGUUGCAAAAAGUGAAGUAGUAAAUGGUGAUUCCAGUGUUAUUGAGGUUGGCAGUGAUACAGGUUGUAAUACAGCAAGUGAAAGAAAGAAGAAAAAGCGGAAACUAUCUCCAAGCUGCGAAGAUGCGUCAAAGCGAACAAAACGGAAAGUAGCAAAAGGUAGAUUGAAAAUUAUCAAUGUUCCUUCAGAUUCUCCGGACUCGUCGAAUUCUCCAAAACCACAGUUGGAAGUCCCGAACGAUUCCGGGCUAGCCAAAGAUAUCCUAGUGAAUUCUUUACUGGUUGACAAGUUGAGUAUGUUGGUUAGUGACCAUGAAGACGAUGGUGGCUAUGAGAUUGAGGAUGAUUCAGACCAAGACGAAGAUUACAGUUCGAAGAAGGUUAAGCGAAAGAGAAAGAAGAGGAAGAGCACAAAAAGGACGUCCGUUGAGAAAGAUGGAACAGUGGCAACACCUCUGGUGAAUGACAAUUUAGGGGAGAAAGAAAGUUCGGAAAAGAUUGUAGAAGUUGAACCUGUGGCAGAGAAAAGGAACAGUUUGUUCAGUUACUAUUCGAAAGUUGAUAAAAGUGUGAUAAACAAGGAGAGAACGUCGGAGAAGAUUAGAGUACAAGCACUUGUGCAUACUCCGCCCAGUGAGAAACGUCGAUCCUCGUCGAAUCACACUCCGUCUUCGUCUGCUAAAGCAUCGUUGAAGAAAAAGUUUAUUCGUCUGCAAAGGGAAUUGAUGAAAGCUUCCGAUGCCAUCGAGGUUGUAAGUUCGGAGGAAAUAGUGCAAUCUGGGACACUGAAUGCCGAAAACAGCUGUGAUACGAGUGCCACGUUAUUGAAUGAUAGUAAUAGUUGUGUUGCGGCUGAAUUGGACGUGAAAACUGUUCAUGAUUGGAAGAUAAAAAUCAACUCUAAACUCACAAAAUCAGAAUCUGUGAGUACAGAAGAUACGCUUGAUAAUGAAAAUGAACCACCCAAUUCGAAUACCAACAAUGCAUCUGAUACACUUUCCAAGAACGAUUUCAACAAGCUGUUGUCAAAUAAAAGAACACGAAAACCUAAUCCAAAGUACUCAGAAACUGUUGAUAAGAGUGAAAAAUCCAGCGAAACCACCGCGAAUAAAGUGAAAAAUAUCAAGAGACAAUCGAAAUUGAAGAAAUCUCCUCCUUGUCCAACCAUUGAUUUAGAUGAAUCCUCAAACGAUUCAGUUUGUGAAGCAAGAGUUGUUAGGGAAUCUAAUGCCAACAAAAAUUUAAAUAAAAAUGCUAAAAUAAGUAGUAUCAACGGAAAGUCUGCAGGAUUGAUGGCAAAGUUCCUAGGAAAAAGCUUGGUCACACCGAAGGAAACCGUUUCGAAAAUCGUGAAAGUCGAUCCCUCGGUUUUGAUAGCUCGACAAAAGUUCUUGAAAAGCGGUUUGCCUGAUGACUUCCGCCAAAAAAUUGCUAGUCAAAUUGAUGAAAACAUUCCCGACCCUCCGCCUUUCCCCAGUGUGAGUCACAUACAGCAGCGUGAUCCUAUGCGCCUUAUAUGGAAUAUUCCUGAGCCUCAACUGCUGAAGUUAGGACCUUCGCCCACCAUUGACCUCGAAUUAUCCUCUGAUUGGCAGAGCCUAUUUCCGGAUUCUCAAAGUGACUCAUCCGAGCACUCAGACAAUGGGGAGCCCAUCAAGAAGAUUAGAAACAAAUCUUUCAUCAAAGAUUUCCUUCGAACGAAAGCUAACACUCAACAGUCAGUCAACGAUCGGUGGGCUUUGAUGAAAAAGUUGAAGAGCUCUGGUGUUGACUCAGCAUGCUGGACGGAUAUCUACAAGCCAAAAGCCAGUAACGACAUACUGGGUAACAAGAGCUGUGUAGAAAGAUUCAAAAUUUGGCUGGAAACUUACAAAAAUACAGUUGUCAAACAGACUGGUGAGGAAGGAAGCAGUGACGAUUUUGUGCAUUCGAGCGAUGAUUCUUGCUCCUCGCCCAAAGAACGAAUCUGCAUUAUAUCGGGACCAAUCGGAUGCGGCAAAACUAGCACAGUGUAUGCAGUCGCCCAAGAACUGGGCUAUAAGGUUUUGGAAGUGAAUGCCUCGCAUAAUCGUAACGGGAAAAAAGUAACCGCCGACCUUUCAGAGGCCACACAGUCACAUCAAGUCGAGCAUGGAAGUUUGAAAGAUAUUUUCAACAACAGUCGAAAAGUGAAGAAAAAGAAAACAAGAAUAAGCAGUUAAAAAGUGAUG